AUCACGAUGGAUACCACACUCAUCUCUUCAUCUCGAUCGACGGUCCAAGGCAUCGCGGGCGCUGCCAUCGGACUGUCAAGCAUCCUCGUCAUCGUUCACAUCGUCUCAAGGCGUAUUGCAAGGACUUUCAUCUGGUGGGAUGAUGGUCUGUUAUGGUUGGGUGGCUGCAUGACUCUUGUGAUGAAUGCUCUCUUCAUUCAUGGAGCACAAUUAGGCCUUGGUGCAUAUGAAGAUCAAGUAUCCUCACCGCAGCUUGAAGCUUCAUUACUACUCUUCUACAACCGUAUGUUCGCCAGCUCAAACAACACUCUGCGCUGGACAGUGUAUUUCUCUCUUUGCCUCAUCUUCGUAUGGGUCAUCACAUUCACUGCCGCCUCAGCCUUCCAAUGCACACCAGUCUCAUACUUUUGGGACAGUGGUGUAGCUGGAAAGUGUAUCACUUCUGACUGGACUUCGAGGACAGCCAUUGCCAUCUGUGACACUAUCUUGAACCUAGCCACCGACUUCCUCUGCUUGAUGGCACCUUUCCAGGUGCUUCGCAAGCUGCAGUUGACCAACAGCAAGAAGGCUGGCUUGGCCGCUGUCUACCUCCUCGGUGGCUGCAAGAUUGUCAUCACUGUCAUCCGCGUUCUCUACCAGAUUGAUACUCCUUACCUGGCCUCAACCGACUCUCUCUACUCAUCUUUCGCUCCUACCAUCUUCCUCAUCAUCGAAACCAACCUUGCAAUCGCUUGUGCUUGCUUACCUUCCUUCUCUGUCAUGAACGGUCGCGCAAUUUUCGUCAAGACUAAGCUCGUCUCACGCUCCAACACUCCCGAAAUCAUUGAGCCUCCCAACUCUCCUUACUGCCGUCCCAGCUUCCAACAACAACCAUUCUCAGACACUUCUCUCUUCCUGACCGAGUUCAAACGCCAACCAGCAGCUGAAUUCCCAAUUCUCACCACUAUCACUAGCAAUGUCCCCGAGGAGCCUACUCGUCUGCCCAGCCUUGAGUUGGGUAGCUUUGCCCAAUCUUCUGUCUUCGACAUCCUCAAGCCUGCCGGCGCCAUCGUCAAGACUUUGGACGUCCAGCAGACCAUUGAGGAGUUCGACUCUGUCAGAACUCUAAAUGUCGAACAAACGAUCGAGGAGUACGACUACAUCAUGAGACAAGCGUCCUUCUCCAUCGUCUGA